AUGAACGCUAUCAGCACUGGCGUCUUUACUUCCGAUUUGGCUAAUAUCGAACCUGGACCCCUUAGCCAUUCUAGAUGGCUUACAACAGCAAAUCGAAUUCUAAGAUUAUAUGCUACUAAAACAGACCCCCUAGAAAACUUAAUGAUAUUAGCCACAUACGUGAUGAAAGUUUAUGGUCCGAUGUGGUUCACUAUAAAGUGUAAUCCAUCAUGCAUAAAUGGAGCUAAGCACCUGUGGCAAACGAUUAGCCUGACUCGCUAUUUGAGCGCGGAUUUGAAGAUAGUCAUUGAUAAGGUACUCAUACGAAAUGGAUAUUUCGGGCACCCAGAAAAUAUUCUUAUUGCUAUGCUUGGAGAUGACAGAGAAAUCAUUCGAGAACUAGCAUGUCAACAAAUUUUGAAAGCUAGAGCAGAGAAUGAUCAAGGACUUCGAACGUUCAAAGUGCCUCCUUUAAAUUUCGAUGCUGAAGAUUAUACCGACCUCAUUAAGUGGCAAGACUGUAAAAUAACUGAGCCACCUCUGACUUACAAUUUAUCUGAUGAAUUCUUGAAAGAGAUUGUCAAAUGCGGUUUGAGAACAUGUCAGAGUAUAAAAGAUUUCCCAUGCCACACCCAAGCCGUAGAGCGCUGCAUAAAAUUGGUGACUGAAGCUUCAAGUGCAUAA